AUGGCCAACGAAGACACGGACCGCGAGCGGCGCGAGGUUAGAAAUCAUGUCCUAUUUGAGAUUGCAACUGAAGUCGCACAUCGAGUUGGGGGCAUCUACUCGGUCAUCAAGUCCAAGGCCCCGGUAACCACGGCUGAAUAUGGCGACCGCUACACUCUCAUUGGACCCCUCAAUCACCAGUCUGCGGCCGUCGAGGUCGAGGCCAUGGAGCCCACCAAUCCCGAACUGGCUGCGACCAUCCAGUCCAUGAAAGACCGCGGCAUUGGGAUACUGUAUGGGCGCUGGCUGAUUGAGGGCGCGCCCCGAGUCCUUCUCUUCGACACCAAGACGGCAUACGGCUACAUGAACGAGUGGAAGGCCGACUUGUGGAAUGUUGCCUCCAUUCCGUCGCCUGACAACGAUGACGAGACCAACGAGGCCGUCGUCUUUGGCUACCUUGUCGCAUGGUUCCUUGGGGAGUACGUGUGCCACGAGAAAAAGAAAGCGGUCAUCGCCCACUUUCACGAGUGGUUGGCAGGCGUUGCUUUGCCCCUGACCAGGAAGCGACAGAUUGAUGUGACGACAAUCUUCACCACUCAUGCCACCCUGUUGGGCCGGUAUCUGUGCGCCGGCUCGGUGGAUUUCUACAACAACCUCCAGCAUUUCGACGUUGAUGCUGAGGCGGGCAAGCGGGGCAUCUAUCACCGGUACUGCAUUGAGCGGGCGGCAGCGCAUUCCUGCGACGUCUUCACCACCGUCUCCCAUAUCACGGCGUACGAAAGCGAGCAUCUGCUCAAGCGGAAGCCCGACGGAGUACUUCCCAACGGGCUCAACGUCACAAAGUUCUCGGCUGUCCACGAGUUCCAGAAUCUGCACCAGCAGUCCAAGGAGAAGAUCCACGACUUUGUGCGGGGCCAUUUCUACGGCCACUAUGACUUCGACCCGGAGAACACACUCUACUUCUUCACGGCCGGACGGUACGAGUUCCGGAAUAAGGGUGUCGAUAUGUUCAUUGAAUCGCUGGCCCGGUUGAACCACCGGCUCAAGGCGUCCGGCAGCAAGACGACGGUGGUCGCCUUCAUCAUCAUGCCCGCUCAGACGUCAUCGCUGACGGUCGAGGCUCUGAAAGGACAGGCCGUGAUCAAGUCUCUCAGGGACACAGUGGACACGAUCGAGAGGAAUAUUGGCCGCCGCAUCUUUGAACGGUCCCUUAAGUGGCAUGAUGGCGACCCAAUGCCCGAAGAGAAGGAGCUCAUUUCCAGCCAGGAUCGCGUGUUGCUCCGCCGGCGCUUGUUUGCCAUGAAGAGACAUGGGCUGCCGCCAAUCGUUACGCACAACAUGGUUAACGACCAUGAGGAUCCGAUUCUGAACCAGAUUCGCCGGGUGCAGCUCUUCAACCACCCCAGCGACCGGGUCAAGAUCGUCUUCCACCCCGAGUUCCUGAACUCCGCGAACCCGGUGCUGCCCCUCGACUACGAUGACUUCGUGCGGGGCACGCACCUGGGCGUGUUCGCGUCUUACUAUGAGCCGUGGGGUUACACGCCGGCCGAGUGCACCGUGAUGGGCGUACCGAGCAUCACGACCAAUCUCUCGGGGUUCGGGUGCUACAUGGAGGAGCUGAUUGAGAACUCGAGCGACUACGGCAUCUACAUUGUGGAUCGUCGUACCAAGGGAGUCGACGACUCGGUCAACCAGCUCACGUCGUACAUGUUCGAGUUUGCGCAGAAGAGCCGCAGGCAACGCAUCAACCAGCGGAACCGGACCGAGCGGUUGAGCGACCUGCUUGACUGGAAGAGGAUGGGCAUGGAGUACGUCAAGGCCCGGCAGCUUGCUCUGAGACGGGCAUACCCCAUGUCUUUCAACGGCGAAGAGGAGGAGGACUACAUCCCGGGCGUGGAUCAGAAGAUCUCGCGGCCUUUCUCAGUGCCCGGCUCGCCUCGGGAUCGGACGGGCAUGAUGACUCCUGGAGACUUCGCAAGCCUCCAGGAGAGCCACGAGGGUCUCAGCACCGAAGAUUAUGUCGCGUGGAAGCUUCCUGAGGAGGAGGACCCUGACGAGUACCCGUUCCCGCUCACGCUGAGAACCAAGUCGUCUGCGGGGCUCCCGACGAACGGCAACUGA